GUAAACAAGAUAGACAACGACCAUAAAACAUGUUGAUAAAAUUAUAUAAUCAGUUCUGUUUGAUACAUUGACGAAGACGAGACAUGGAACACAAACUAUUAACUAUUUUAUUGAUUGUUAGCAUAGUUCUUCAGGAUGGUAGUUAUGCAGACUUUCCAUUUAACAAUCCUUCAUUACCAUGGGAUCAAAGAGUUGAUGAUUUAGUAGGAAGGCUGACUCUUGAUGAAAUUAAAUUACAAAUGAGUAAAGGUGGGGCUGGUCCAAUAGCAGGCCCUGCCCCAGCCAUACCGCGUCUUGGGAUUGGUCCAUAUUCAUGGAAUACAGAGUGUCUUAGAGGAGACGUUUCGUCUGGAAAUGCCACAGCGUUUCCCCAAGCCAUUGGACUUGCUGCUUCCUUCAGUCCUGAUCUGAUCUAUCGUGUUGCUGAAGCUACAAGUAUAGAAGUUAGAGCUAAAUAUAAUGAUUAUAGUAAAAAUAAGAUAUAUGGUGAUCAUAAAGGUGUUAGUUGUUUUAGUCCUGUUAUAAAUAUAGUCAGAGAUCCCAGAUGGGGUCGAACACAGGAAACUUAUGGAGAAGAUCCUUAUUUAAGUGGUGUAUUAGCUUCAUAUUUUGUAAAAGGUUUACAGGGAAAUAAUACAAGAUAUAUCAGAGCUAAUGCUGGAUGUAAACAUUUUGAUGUUCAUGGAGGCCCUGAAAAUAUUCCUGUAUCAAGAUUUUCUUUUAAUGCUCAGGUAUCAGAUAGAGAUUGGAGGACGACAUUUUUACCCCAGUUUAAAGCGUGUGUUAAAGCUGGUACAUAUAAUUUGAUGUGUAGUUACAAUAGAAUAAAUGGAGUACCAUCGUGUGCUAACAAGAAACUAUUAACAGAUAUAUUAAGAAAUGAAUGGAAUUUUACUGGUUAUAUUAUAAGUGAUCAAGAAGCUAUUGAAAAUAUCAUUAAAACACAUCAUUAUUUUAACAAUAGUGUUGACACGGUAGCAGCUUGUGUAAAUGCAGGCUGUAAUUUAGAACUUUCUUCCAAUGAAGUGGAUCCAGUUUACUUUUCAAUGGAGGAGGCUAUACAACAGGGUAAACUAACAGAAGAUAUGGUUAGAAGUAGAGUUAAACCAUUAUUUUAUACCAGAAUGCGGCUUGGUGAAUUUGAUCCACCUUCCAUGAACCCCUAUACCAAGUUAGAUUUAUCAGUUGUACAGAGUAAAGCUCACCAAGCUUUAGCUCUGGAGGCAGCUAUUAAAUCUUUUGUUCUGCUUGAAAAUGAUGGACAAUUUCUACCUAGAAAAUCUUUCGACUCUGUUGGCGUUGUGGGUCCAAUGGCUAAUAACAUACAACAAUUGUUUGGUGAUUAUUCUCCUGAUGUUAAUCCAGCCUUGACAAAAACACCGCUACAGGCUUUUCAACAAGUUGCAUCUUCUGUACAAUACGGGGCUGGAUGUCAGGAUAACAGAUGUAAACAGUAUUCUAGUACAGAAAUACAACAAGCUGUUAAAGGUGUAGAUGAAGUCUAUGUCUUCCUUGGAACAGGACAAGAAGUUGAGAGUGAGGGGAAUGACAGACCAAAUCUGGAACUACCAGGAAUGCAAAAACAACUUCUUCUAGAUACUAUACACUAUGCUAAUGGUACGCCUGUUGUAGUGGUAUUGUUUAAUGCUGGCCCACUAAACAUUAGUUUUAUUGAUAAAAUAACUCAGGUACCAGCUAUUAUAGCUUGUUUCUUCCCAGCUCAAGCUACAGGAGAUGCUCUUAUAGAUAUCCUAUUAAAUAGAAACGGCGCUGUACCUUCAGCUAGACUACCAAUAACAUGGCCAAUGGCCAUAGAACAGGUACCACCUAUUACAAAUUAUACCAUGGUUGGUAGAACUUACAGAUAUUUUAAUGGUGUACCUCUCUAUCCAUUUGGAUACGGCUUGUCAUAUACUAGAUUUGGUUACAGUAAUCUAAAAAUACCAACAAGUAUUAUGGCCGGAAUGGACUUAACUGGGUCUGUUGAUAUAUCAAAUAUUGGAGGUGUGGCUGCUGAAGAAGUUUACCAAAUUUACAUUAGGUGGAUGCAACCAUCUGUUACAGUACCUCAAAUUCAAUUGGCUGAUUUUAAUAGAGUAGCUGUUGGCGUUGGUCAGACGGUUACAGUUAAUUUUACAGUAAAGGCUGAAAGUAUGGCGGUAUGGAUAGAUUCUAAUAGAGGUUGGGUGAUAGAACAAGGUUAUAUGAGUUUAUAUGCUGGUGGUAAACAACCUUUUCAGAGAGGAGCAAAGGGAUACCAGGAACUUGUUGCAACAUUCCUUAUUAAACAGUCUAGAUUUAUCGGAAAAUAUUAAAUUAGAUGUUAUCAACAGUAAUAAAAAUUAAGCCAUGUUUUCGUAUUUGUUAUGUAUGUUAUAUUUUAUAAUUUGUUAUUGUUUUUGCACUGUAUGAAUAAAC